CAGCAACCUUCCUUGUGUUGCCAUCUCUGUUGCCUUGUAUCACUUAACGGGCCGUCUGCUUUUCUCUCAGUCAGCAUCAAGACAGUAGGGGUGAGGGGGGCACAGACCAGCACAUCCUGCCUUUGACAAAGUGUGCAGCAGCAGCAACCUUCCUUGUGUUGCCAUCUCUGUCGCCUUGUAUCACUUAACAGGCCGUCUGCUUUUCUCUCAGUCAGCAUCAUGACAGUAGGGGUGAGGGAGGCACAGAACAGCACAUCCUGCCUUCGACAAAGAGUGCAGCAGCAGCAACCUUCCUUGUGUUGCCAUCUCUGUUGCCUUGUAUCACUUAACAGGCCGUCUGCUUUUCUCUCAGUCAGCAUCAAGACAGUAGGGGUGAGGGAGGCACAGACCAGCACAUCCUGCCUUCGACAAAGUGUGCAGCAGCAGCAACUUUCCUUGUGUUGCCAUCUCUGUCUUGUAUCAUUUAACGGGCCGUCUGCUUCUCUUGGUUAGCACCGAGGUAGCAGGGACGAGGGAGGCACAGACCAGCACACCCUGCCAACAACAAGGUCAGGAAGAGCCGAGUUGAGACUGUUGCUGCUGGAUGCUAGUAUCGCCUGGGCACCGCCACAUCUGACAGUGUUGAUGUUCCUCCCAUUAAAUAUUCAUCUUUUCAGUUUUUUUUUUAUAUUAAAUAAGAACUUUCCUAGACAAAUUCAGUCAUCCUUGCAUGGUUGUAGGUAUUCAGAGCAGUUUGUUCCUUCACUGUUUGUUGGGGACACAGCUCAAGGGAGGGGGACGGAGCAUCAUUGUCAAGCACCCCAGUGCGGGCCAGGGCUAACCAGCCUCACCAACAGCUGCCCAGGGGAGGUGCAAACUGUCACCCCUCCGAUCAGCAGCCUGGGCCCCUGACCACCAGACCACUGCAGCCCCUCCACAAUGGCCGACCUUCCAAAACACAAGACGUUUUGAAGCUCAUCUUAACACUUCUGAGGCAGGGCAGUGCAAUGGUCACAGAGGUGUUGGGAGCACUUGCAUCUGUGGUACUCUUGGGUGAAGCACACCACUGUGAGGCAUUGAUUCUUCUGCAACAGCAAUUGUUUAAAAGUACACAUCUCAGCUAUUUUAGUGUUAUUUGAUAUUCUCCUGCCCCUCACCUCGCAGAGGACUAAGCAAUUCACUAGUUGUGAGACUCAACCAGGCUCUAGGCCCAAGUGCAGCUGCCAGAGCUAUGGAGAGUCACCCAUUAGUAUUUCCCUUCCACUUCUUACUGUGGCUCCUCUCCUUUUAUCACUUCACAGGCAUACCUUUCUUCUUUAUCUUACAUGAACACUUUUACCUCUCCUUCAGUUGCCUUUCCCUCAGCUGCUGCUAACAACCUGGUCAAUAUAACUACUGUAGGGAAACACUUCAGAAGUGGAUCUUCACAUGCCUGGCAAUGUCACUCUUUGUCAUAAAGAGCUUUCCACAAACAUCACACUUGAACUCUCUAAGGCCAUAGUGCCUGAAGACGUGUUCAUUGAGCUUCUGCUUCACGCUGAAUCUCUUCCCGCACUCUUCACACUCAUGAUCUUUUACACCGGUGUGUGUAAGGGUGUGCCUAUCAAGGUGACUCUCCCGGAUGAAUUUUUUCCCACAUUCCUUACAUUCAUAGUUCUUUACACCAGUGUGUGUAAGGGUGUGUCUGUCAAGGUGACUCUCCCGGAUGAAUUUUUUCCCACAUUCCUUACAUUCAUAGUUCUUUACACCAGUGUGUGUAAGGGUGUGUCUGUCAAGGUGACUCUCCCGGAUGAAUUUUUUCCCACAUUCCUUACAUUCAUAGUUCUUUACACCAGUGUGUGUAAGGGUGUGUCUGUCAAGGGUACUCUUCAGUUUGAAUUUUUUUCCACAUUCCUUACAUUCAUAGUUCUUUACACCAGUGUGUGUAAGGGUGUGUCUGUCAAGGGUACUCUUCAGUUUGAAUUUUUUUCCACAUUCCUUACAUUCAUAGUUCUUUACACCAGUGUGUGUAAGGGUGUGUCUGUCAAGGUGACUCUCCCGGCUGAAUUUUUUCCCACAUUCCUUACAUUCAUAGUUCUUUACACCAGUGUGUGUAAGGGUGUGUCUGUCAAGGUGACUCUCCCGGCUGAAUUUUUUCCCACAUUCCUUACAUUCAUAGUUCUUUACACCAGUGUGUGUAAGGGUGUGCCUAUCAAGGUGACUCUCCCGGAUGAAUUUUUUUCCACAUUCCUUACAUUCAUAGUUCUUUACACCAGUGUGUGUAAGGAUGUGUCUGUCAAGGUGACUCUCCCGGCUGAAUUUUUUCCCACAUUCCUUACAUUCAUAGUUCUUUACACCAGUGUGUGUAAGGGUGUGCCUAUCAAGGUGACUCUCCCGGAUGAAUUUUUUCCCACAUUCCUUACAUUCAUAGUUCUUUACACCAGUGUGUGUAAGGGUGUGUCUGUCAAGGUGACUCUCCCGGAUGAAUUUUUUCCCACAUUCCUUACAUUCAUAGUUCUUUACACCAGUGUGUGA